AUGGGGUCGAGCGACAACUCUGACAAGACCAAUUCAACAGAGAUGCUUCGAAUUGAUAACACUGAAGAGUUCCCUGCACUCUCGCCAAAUCCUAAACCUCCAGGAAAGAAGACUGUCACCACAUCUAAUUGGGGCUCAUUAUUUCCAUCCAAAGUGCCGAAACCACUCCAUUCCAUUCGUCAUUCUUCUCUUCCACACAGUCCUUCUCUCCCACCUCUUCCGACUCUUCCUGUUACGCCUCGAAAAGAAAUGUCUUCUCCCAGAAUUCAUUCAAUUGGGGAAAAGGAGGAUGUACUUCUAUCACCCACUAAUGCAGAAUGUACAAGUAUUAUGUCUGACGAAACUGCGGCUGACGUAGAGGAGGCAAAUACACCUUGGAAUUCUCCGACUGAAAAUAAAAAUAAUGAUAUUUCUGUUGCCAAAGAUGAAGAUUUUGAAAGCGAGGCUACGGCGGAAUUUCCGAAUUUCAUUACAAUAGAGACAACAAAUCCCCCACAAAAAGAGCUUCUUCCUCCAUUCGAAUUCCCAGACACUACAACAAUGCUAAAAAUUGAUCAUUACAAUGCUCCGCCGAAACUCGGGAGAGCAAAGGGUAUGGAGGUUGAAGAACUAUGCGAAGCAGAACGUCAUGAAACCCCUUCUUAUAUCGAAGGAGCCUUACCUUUAUUGGAUGUGGUGACAAAUGAUCCACAUAGAGUGAUACAUGCUAUCAAGCAUAUGAUGCAGGGUAUUGUUUUCAUGAAAAGUGCUUUGGGUGCUCCCCAGGAUGAACUCGAUCGCCUUAUGAAUGUUCAUUCAAGUGAGUUGGAUCUGAUUGAUGAUCUUUUUGAGAAGGAGAGGCUUGCGAGGUUAUCCAUUGGGAUAAAAAAAGCAGCAAUUGAAGGGGCACAAUUAGUCACUAAAAACGAACAUGCCAUUGCUUUCAAAGAGAUGGAACAUUCAAAGUCUGCUACCAGGUUCAAUCCCGACGCCGUAAGUCUCGAUGUGUCAGAAACUGUCGAAUAG